AUGCUCAGCAUAUGCCUCUGGUGUAUUACUAUUAUCACAGUAGUACCCCAUAGUGCUUAUGCUUGGGAUAAGGAUAUACAUGAGCAUAUUGGAGAGGCUGUAUCACGGGUACUCAGUUACAGGGAUAUAGAGGAUCUUAACAAGCUCCUUAAGGGCCAAUCUAUUGCCUACAUGUCACGAUAUGCUCACGAUAAACUACAGUAUGCUAACUAUGAUAAGACUGUUGACAACCAUUAUGAGACGCAACUGAGAGAUUGGAAAUGUACUUUCGAUGUCAACAAUCCAGAUAGGGAUUCUGAGUCUCAUGGCCUUUAUCAGUCGAUACAUGACAUCUUCGGAAGAGUGACACAUGAGAGUAAAUCUGGUGAAGACCAUGGUAUCGCUAAGGAUAUGACUGAGCCCGUACAGAUUAGCUGGCUUCUAGGUCUAGUGCAGGAUCUGCAUCAACCUCUUCAUACUGGCUUCGGAGCUGAUGAUCAUGGCCGCAGGAUCAGCGUACAGUAUCAUGAUGAUCCUAGCACCAAUUUGUAUGACUUCUGGGAGCGUGAUAUCUCCUCGGCUGUUAACCUUGAUACGCAACUUGUUCUGGAUGCAUAUAACACUGAGUUGGAUAAGCUAGUCCUAAACGGUGGGUAUGGCAUACAGCUAGUGAAGAAGAUCUACAGCAAAGGUAUAGCUGAGUGGAUAGCAGAAUCCAUGGAGAUGUCGUGUAGUGAUAUCUAUUCUGUGAUUGCUGGUGGUAGAGGACGAGAGGUGCCUAGAACGUACCAGAUAGAUGAUGAAGUCCAUGCGAAAUGGCGUGACCUAGCGACCAAACAAGUGGUGAAGGCCGCUGCAAGGUCAGCUGUUGUACUGCAUGGAAUUGCUGUACAUGCACGAUACUACCACCCUGAGAUCGUUGGUAGCAUAUCUAGAUCGAAUAAGAUGCAGCGUCAUGGAGUUCGUGGCAACUGGAUGCAAGCCCUUGCUAAGAACUUCAUCAUAGCCGCUGUUAUAGUACCAUCCAUUGUGAUAUUCCUCAACUAUCCACAGUAG